CAAUUAAAUUCAUUACAAUUGUGUCAAGGCCUGAUAAUGGAAAAUUGUGUUAUCUUGAACAUGAGACUCCACUGUUCCAUAUUAAGUCCCGGGGUAUAUACGUGCUUUUUUGAGAGCCUGUUAAUGUCAGAUUUGGUCAUUUUUAGCUCACCAGUAAACAUCACCCGAUUACUAUCUAACAGCGGAUUUUCAUUAACCAAAAAAAAAACAACACAUAACCUAAACACGCCACGCUUACAAAGUUCCAGUGUCCAUUGAUCUAGCUAAAUUUAAACAUGUUGUAAUGUGUGUCCAUUGAUUUUUCAGUUCAGGCGCCUUUAGAAGAAGAAUUGCGGCGGCCCCCUGUUGUUCCAGCAGCACCGCCAUCGCGAGAACAUGGCAUGCUAUUGAUUUCUCCUCUGCUAUAAGCCAUCCGUCAACACAGGCUCCAGGCGAACUGAAUGUCAGAUGUGUAUAGUCUUAGUCAAAGUGUGUUCCAAUCGUAGGAAUAGGUUUAUAUUCGAAGUAGACUCAGUGGGAAGUUCUUUGAUUUAGCCUUCAGAAUGUGACAAGGAAAUGUAUUCUAAAGCUUCUAAACUCGGGAUUGAAAGUACAAUUCAUGGCUGACAUGCAACUGAGCUAAGAUCAUCACUAGGUUUUGAGAAGAGAGGCAAUGAGAGCCAAAACAUCUGAACUCUAAACAAUGGACAACUACAGUUUUGCAUUUGCCGGUCCAGGACUAAGAAACAAAGCCAGAUCUUUCGUUUCCCAGUUCUCAGAUACAUUCAGUGCUUUUUCCAAAUUCAUCGCGCCCUCCUAUUAUCAUGAUCGUUGCGAAAGAUCUGUUCAAAUGCGCCUGUAUUCUCUCAACAAGAGGCAGUUUGUUUUAGUUUUUGUCACAUUUUUUGUCUGCUUCCUAAUCAGCGUCCUUGUUGGUAUUGCAGGACCUCACAUUAUUGACUCUCAUACAGUGAAUGGCUCCUUGAUUUAUAAGGAACCUCAGAACAAACAGACUGGACCAUUUAUUCUCCACUCUCCGCCCAUGUCAACCUUCCAUCAGCAGUUGUGGUUGAAAGCCAGUGUGACUGUCACAGAUUCUAUUGGCUCAAAGUUUGAACAAGAGUUCACUAUGGGGAUUCUGAUCAGGGGAGGCAAUGGAGACUCUCAGAGUGUUGAAGAGUCAUCCACCAACCCACAGCUCAGUUUAGAACUGCACAACAGAACACGCAAGCUGAAAUGUAGUGGAACCAACUGUGAUGAUUUGAUAGUCAUGCACCUGGGAUACUUAGACUUUGCCUAUUACUAUAUCACAGUCAUCUUUUAUGAUCUGGAUGUCAAUAAAUUGUCCAUCAGUAAUGUCAAGUUUACAUUCAAGAGCUACAAUCCAUCUUUUACCCAAACUGAAAUCUGGAUUAGAUUUGUCUUUCUUGUGUUUACAUUUAUUAUGACAUGUUGGUAUUCCCACAGUCUUCGCAAGUUUUCCAUCAGGGACUGGUCUAUAGAACAGAAGUGGAUGUCCUUGUUACUUCCCCUUCUUCUUCUCUAUGAUGAUCCCAUCUUUCCCCUGACAUUCCUGGUGAACAGUUGGCUACCUGGUAUGUUGGACGGCCUGUUCCAAGCAUCAUUUCUCUGUGCCUUGUUAUUGUUUUGGUUGUGCAUAUACCACAGUGUCCGACAGACUGAUCGCCACUUCAUACGAUUUUACCUGCCCAAACUCAUCAUAGUUGGCUUGAUCUGGUUGUGUGCUGUCAUCUUAGCCUCUUGGCAGGAAUAUAAUGAACUUCAAGAUCCUACUUAUUACUACAGGCUGGACACCACCAAUUUUGAGGGCUUCAAGAUUAUGUUUUUCAUAUUUGGAGGUUUCUAUUUGUUGUAUCUACUGUACCUGUUGGUCAGAGCUUUUGCUGAGUUGAGGUUAAUGCCCUUCUUUGACCUGCGUCUCAAGUUUAUGACAGCCUUGAUGAUAAUUGUGGUGUCUAUCAGUAUCACUAUCACUGUCAUGAGAUUUGGCGGAGGGGCUCUGCAAGACAACUUUGUCUCUGAGCUGGCUACCAAUUACGAGAACUCGGCUGAGUUUGUCUCUUUCUAUGGCCUCCUGAACUUCUACCUCUACACGAUGGCGUUUGUCUAUUCACCCUCCCCCAACGCAAUGUUUGAGACACAUUUCAAGGACAACCCAACUCUUUCAAUGCUCAAUGAUUCAGAUGAAGAGGUUCAUUAUUCAUCAGAUACAGAAGAAACAUCUUUGAGCCGUAACAGAAAUUCUUUGAUUGAUAGCGAUGAUGAAACUGCGAGGUAGCUGUUGACAUUGGACAGGCUGAGUUAGCCUCCCCCACCAUUUAAAUUUAAGGAUCUACCAUAUAUGUGUAUGAAAAAUUAUGGUAGAAAAAUUAAGUUAUACUGAAUCAUACACGAAUGCAUAUUUAUAUUUUGUAGUGUAUGUAAUAAUAAGGCUUGUCUUCGAGUCCUAAGAUUAAUGAGGAAUGCAGUGUAUGUACUGAGUAGCUACAUGGUAACUUAUUUUACCUUUUUUUGUUUUUUGAUGGUCAAAGCAUUUCCCCAACUUUUAUUUAAGCUUUAAAAAAAUGAUUGGAUCCUAGAAUUCAAUACAGAUAAUUAUUAUUAGAUAAUUUCCUUUCAUUGUUUGAUUUGGGUGUCUGAAUUAAGAGACAAAAAGCUUUGCAAAUUUUAAUGUUCGUCUAAUUGCUCUAAUUGACAAUUUUUUUAAAAUAAUUAUUUUUGUUUUUAAUAAUUAAAAUAAAAAAUCCUGUUAGAUAGUUCAGACCAAAAUAAAUAUAUAUAUUAUUUAAAACUUCCUAGGGACCACCAUAAUGUUGCUUAGCUUUCUGAUUUGUGCAAUACCAAAGUUUGUUGUUAGUUUUUCUUUCUUUUGAUAAUGGGUCUUACAAAAACAAAAUAGAACAUGUUGAUUGAGAAGUCUUCCAUAUUAAAACCAGUUUGUUUGGUUUGAGGAAAGGUUUGAAUUCAUACACAAGUAAACCAUUGGGGACAAGUCUCAUGGCCAUCUGUCAUUAGGUCUGACAUCUCUUUAGUGUGGCUGUUACAUCUUUGUUAUACAAUGGUUGUUAUGCCUUUAUUAGUCACUAACUUUUAUGGCUUAGUUAUACACUAGCUGUUAUGGCUUAGUUAUACCUGGUUAUUGUUCUUUGUUAAUCAUGUGAGUUUUUACUGUUUACUUUUGUAUUUGUAGUUUUUCCAUUUUUUUGAGGUCAUAAAAAAGGUAUCUAAGUCCUGUUUCUUAUAGUUCUCCAUAGUUGUUUCCCUUCUUUGAUAAUGUUCCCAACUGGACAUAUAGUUGAUAAAAAAUUAUUUGGGGAAGUUUAAUUGUGUAAUUAUUGAUCAGUUUAUGUCCUAAAUUUCAAUUAAAACUCAAGUGAUGCUUAUUUCUUAGUUACCCUCCAGUGUAAACAUUUUCAAUAAGAGCUAUGACUAUUUCCAUUGGCUUGUGCCAGUAGGUCAGUUGACAGUUAGAUGUAGCUCUAAGUAAACUGACUUAUGAUUAGUCCUAUUGAAACAAAAUACUAUUUUGUUUUCUUGUUUUUUUUUCAUCCUUUUUUUUUAAUACACAUUCCUUUGUUUUGUUAAGACUUAUAAACUUAUUCAUGUGCAAUUCAACUUUUGAAAUAAUUUAUUUUGUAUUGUAUAAUAUCUUAUACUUAGGCCAAAGUAUCUAUAUAUUUUUUGUUAUUUUCAUUUUAUUGUUAUUGCUAUUGUUAAUGCUAUUGCUUUGACAUGGUUUAGUCCCCUCAUUGUUACUAAUACUAAUUUCUCAUUUGUUAAGCUUAUAGUAUGAAUACAACUAACAGUAUGUCUAUCCAUGUUUAUUUAAUAAUACAGGGUUUUUUGUGUUGUUUUUUUUUCAUUCUAAUAAUCUGGGGUUUUUUUUUAUGACCACUCUAUGUAAAUACACUUGCUAUUUAUAUGCACCAGGCUUACAUCCAAGGUUUCUACUAUGGGCUAUAUUGUAAUCUCAAGAAGGUUAAAAGUCUGUCCAAUCAACUUUAAGCAGGCUGGGACAGAAGAGUCCCAAUGCGCUCUAAAUCAGAUCUGCUUGAAUUUGUAGUGUGGAUCUAGAACUGAAUUUCUUUUGGAAAUGAAACAUUCUUAGAUUUGAAUUACUUAGGAGGCACACCUCAGAACAAAUGAUCUGGAAACACUUUAUAUGUGCUGAAUCAUUCUAUUUAUAGUAUUCUAUGCCAGUGUUUGCAAAAUUUGUAGAUCAUUUUAAAUGGAAUUGUAAAUGCCACUCUGGCUAUUUUUUUUUAACUGUUUUAUUUUCGCUAUAAUUUUGAGUUGUUGUUUUGUUUAGUUGUCAUCAAUUUGUCCUCUUGUUUUGUAUCUUAUUUGUUUCACAAAUUGACUCUAAAUUUCUACAAAUCCAGAGAUGCCUCUGUUGUGAUAGUAUUGCUAAUGCUGCCUAUUAUUUGAGUUAUUAUUGUUCUAUUUUUGUUCCUGAGAUUCAUUUAUUCUUCAUUUUUUAAUUUGCAAAUUCAUGUGUGAAAACUUGUUCUGGAGUCUAUAUAUUUUUCUUCUGACAGCAAAUUCAUUAAAUAUAAGAGAGACUAAUCACCCAUCUACUUAUGUACAAAGAUUUUGGUACACUACGUCCCAUUUUGUCAAUCAUGUACAAAGAGUUUGGUACACUAUGUCACAUCAGAUGUCUGAAUGGCUUAUUUGUUCCUCAGUGCUGUAAAAAAUAAAACAAUAAAAGAAAAGAGAUAGUUUGAACUUUGAUUAGUCUGGACACAUUAUAUAAUAGAAACAAAUGCAAUACCAUUUUCAAAGAUUCCGUUGAAUCAAUGUAAUAAAGGUGUAUUCAUUAAAGCUAAAAUACUGAACCCUAACAAAGACCUACAGAUCUCUAUUCUUUCAUUAUGUCAACACUGCUUUUUUUUUUUAAUCUUUAGAAACAUUUACUCCUAUGUAGACUAUUCCCACUUCUGCUGUUGACUUUUGUAGCUCUGGCCAUUUGUCUGUGACAAUAUGUAUAACAUAAAGAAGCCCUAUGUUGUAUGAGGAACACAUUUGAUCUUCAUGUCAAGUUUGGUAUCAUGAGGGGAAAAAAUGUCAUUUUGCAUUUCAACAAUACAGAUAAAGUUUCUGCUAUAGGAUUGAGACACCUUAAAAAAAUGAUCAUAUAAACAUUUCCACUUAAUUGAUAACAAUCUACUGAGUAGUUUUACUUUAGUUUUUAGUGAAUUGUUUCCCUUGUUCAAUGAAUAUGAUCCUCAAGAUGUACAGGAUACUAUUUUAGAUUGUGUUCAUUAGUGUAUGCUAUUGUUAUAAAAGUGAGUUUGAUUUACUAAGAGACCAAAAUCUGAACAUUUUUUUGUACAUAUUUAUUUUGUAUUAACGAUUCUCCCAUUCAUUUGUCAUCUAGAGUUGAUUCCAGCUCUUAGAAUUCCAUGUUUACUUAUUGUUUCUUAAUGUUAAGGCAUCCAGAUUUACCUUCAGAAAUAGUAUCAAGUUUAACUACGAGUCCCAUUGUCAUAAUGCGAGUGAUACAAAUAUUAUUGUUGUUAUUUUCAUUGAUCAGCACAAACUUUUUGAUAAGCUCAGAUGCAUUGUCAUAUAUUAUCACAUUAUCAUAGAUUAUCACACUAUCCUAGACUAGUACAUUGCAGUCAUUGUAAGUGUCUUGUUUGCAUACCUAGAACAAGACUCUAAGAAUGAAUUCCAUUUUAAUCUUUCACUAAAGUCUUCAAAAUUCCUACUUGUGAUACUGAUGAUAGUACUGUAAAUAUUGCUGUGAAGCAAUCUACUAAAAGCUCAAUACACUUCAAAAAGCUCAACAAACAGGAAAAACAUUAUACAUAGAAUUCUGUUGAGCUGUUUUUCUGAACCAAAACCAAAAAAAAAAAAAGAUAAUGAAAAUCAUUGUGCGCUAAUUGUGGUUUAUAUUACAAACAGGUGGAUUUUUUUUUUUUUUUUUUUUUUUUUUUUUUUUGUGCAAAGUAGUGUUGCCAUAGUUUUUGUUCUUACAAUAGCUUGUCUUUCCUUUUUUUUUAUUUGGUAAAUUUGUUUGAAUAUGAAAUGGAUGUAAAUAUGGCUAAAAUUUGGUAUUAUAGGGUAAAUCCACUACAGUUUUUAUAUUAACAAUAAGAGGUACAACAUUUAUCUUAUACAGUCAAAAGUUUAAUAUAUUGUAGUAUAUACAAUACAACAAUUUUCUAUUCCUGUUUUUCUAAGAGGAUAAUUUGAUCCAACUAAAUUAUAGGUCAGUGCUGACAUGGAGGGUUUGUCACAUCAGCCAGAUUUUUUUUUCAGAUAUUUCAUUAUUUUAAUAGAUUUUUAAUUUGUUUAUGAAACACAUUUGUAUUGAUUGAACAUUUUGAUUCUUAAAAUGGGAUUAUGUUCAGGCUGUGGUGUAGUGUUCACCUACAUUGGCAGUAUUUAUAUCUAUUUAUAGAUCUCUGUUUAAUUUAUUUAAUUUACAAUCUAGCAACAUUGUGUAGAACUCUUCUCUGUUAAUGUUCAAGAUUGUUGAUGUUAUAUUUGAUUUUGUUCAUGCAAGGAGAUCACUGUGAUUCUACUGGUUCCUGUUUCUGUUCACUAGCCACUAGAAACAUUAGUGUUUCAGGUGAUGGGUGCUAGUGUGAGUUUAAGUAGGAAUUUAUGCCAUUAUAUAUGUAUUACAUUAUUGUGAGGGUGUCUACAGUAGGUUUAUUCACACAUAAAUGAUGUGUUGUUGUUUUUUGGCAUGUUUGUGUUAAUAGUGAAUGAGAAGCAGUGAAUGGAGUUGUCUAACUUUGAGGUUAGGGUUAGGGGUUAUGGUUAGGGUUAUCUGUAAUAUAAUAUAAUCAUAUUUAUUAUCCAUUUGGAAAUUUGUCCAAGAUAAGAUAAUAUAGACUUAACCAAUUGGUGUGAAAGAAAUAAAAUAUUAUUACAAAGUUUUGUAAUUUAUUGACUAUGUCCAUACUGUUUAUUAAGCAAUGCCAGGAAAGUUGAUAAGACAUGGUACCUGUAGUUUAAUAUAUGGGUUCAUGAAAUUGUUUGUUUUUUUUAUUAUGUCUGCUUGCUAUAGGGUAUUAUCCUACUCACUCUGGUAGCUAUAUAUUUAUUUUGGGGGAAAAUGUCAUUAUGUUAUAAAGACAUCAUGUAUUGUAUUGUACUGGUAAUAUCAACCAAUAUGUUUCUUGUUGUGAUGAAAUUGUUGUGUAGACACCCGCACAGCUUGUCUAUUGUGAUUGCUCAUACACUCCGACAUACUAUGUGGUCUGUUUAUAUAUAGUGUACAUAGGAGGUCUCUCUCUUUUGUUUUGCUAUUUAGUAGAUUGUUUGUUUUAACUAGUGUGGAUAUAUUUGUAUUGUUCUUGUAGACUCUAUAAUGAAAAUGUUCUUUGACUAAGGUUUAGUUUUACACUGUUUAAGUUUUGUGAUUGAAAUUCUAUGUGCUGAUGUUGUGAAGAUGCUGCCAACUGUUUGAGGAGGAGGUGGCUGUCAUGUCAAUGUAACCUGAAAACUAUUCUACCAGCUCAUUGGGUAACAAUGUCACAAAUAAACAUGCAAGAAAUCCUUCAA